AUGGAUGAGGUGGUGAUUGAACGACUCUUAAGAAGAGAUACGAUCGAACGUAGAUUCGAAGAGUUGUUUACUACACAGAUAUCGGGAAAAGAUAUAAUUGGAACUGAAAAAAGUAACAAAGAAGGUGAGAAAUUAUUCAAUAGUUUGAAGAAUGAUAUACGUAAGAAAGAAAUCGAAAUAUAUCAAUUGAAUGAGACUAUUAAGAUGAAAGACAAGAUGAUUGAGAAUGUAAAUAAUGAGUUGUUAGAGUUGACUAUCGAAGAUAAUAUGUUGAACCAAAAAUAUUUGGAAUUAAAGAAGGAACAUGACACAUUAGUAGAGAGAUGGUUGAAAAGAGUACAAGAUCAAGCAGACCACUUGAAUGUUUCUAAUAUUGAUAUUGGCAAAGACAACUAA